AGCUUCCUUCCGAAACAGAGCUUUCGAUCCAUUAAUCCGUAAACCUCACAGUCGGCCCAAACUUGAGCCGCUCGAUUCUCUCGGCUCACGAAACAUUUCAAUAUGAAAUCUUAGCCGUUGAUUAUCCCCUGGGAGGAGGUCAUUUGAGUCGAUUUGCAGGGGCACUUGGGCCAAAACGGAGGAAGUAUCCGGUUUCCCUCUUUCCACGCCCGUACGGCUGUUGAGCUCUGAAAGAGGAGCUCCAUGGAUGCCCAACACUUCAUUCAAGUUCAAAUAUAUUUGAUGUUCAGUAUUCAUUCCAUCCUAUUCUUAGCUGGUGUUGGCACUUGUUCUUAUAUUCGUCCCUUUUCCAGCAAGGAGAGCAAUGGAAGUAUCAUCUGCUGUUUGCCAUGUUCCCAGGAGUACCUUCUGAAAUCAUUAUCUGAGAAACACAAUAGCUUGCUCAAUUCAGAUUUUCCAGGACUUUUAGCCCAAGAAUUCUGUUCCUUUAAGUCCUGUAAAGGGCCAAUACGUAAGCCAAGUUCCAUGCUCAGACUCUCAGCACUGCGACGGCAUUUGAUUGGUGAAGGAUCUCAUCGUCACCUGGUUUCCUCCAUGAAGUUCGAUUUCCAUUCAGAUGCUAUUACUGCGUUAUCUGCAUAUCUUUGUAGAGUAGUGGUGAUAGAAAGACUGCCAUCUGGGACCUUUGCGGACCCGUUUGAGCUACAACAUCUUGUUCAACGUGGUGUCUUUCAUGAUGCUUCUGUUUACGGGGACACGAAUCUGGAAUUGCCUUCAGCUCUUUCCAACCAAUCUGUUGUCGAGGUUCACAUGGAUGUCAGUCGCAAGCUUCUCUCAGGGAGCGACGAAGGACUUGAAAUUUCCAUAGAGCUGCCAUUACAUGCACGAUAUCCACCUCUUGAUGGAAGUGGCAAUGGCUACUCAAGAGUCGAGAUGGGUGUGCCCCACUUGCUGAUGCGCUGCGAGCCAGAAAAAUCACAGCACGAGGAUUGCUUGUGGACGUCGAUUGCUGAGGACCGAGAAUCAACAAGCGAUGAGGUUGUGGUUUGGCCUAUACCUUGCGGGAAUGCAGCACAUGCAGGCAUUGUAUCCACUGUAACAUUUCUCUCAGCCUUGAUAUCUGCUGUUUCAAUUCUUUUCACUGCCAUAUACCAUUACUCUCAUCAGACUCAAUUUUACCAGAGAGCUAACAAAUAAUGAUCUGGGAAAUGAUGCUUAAA